AUGGUGGACGUGUUCAUGGAUAUCGCCGAUGACCCCACCCUCGAGGUCCAGUACGGCCGUAUUGGUGUGAAGGCCUUCACGCAGGACCUCAUCGCGGGGGGCACGGAGAGCUCCGCCGUCACCGUGGAAUGGGCCAUGUCAGAGCUCAUGAGGAGGCCCGCCGCCUUCGAUGCAGCCACCGAGGAGCUCGACCGCGUUGUUGGUCGUGACCGUUGGGUGACUGAGAAGGACAUGCCAAACUUGCCCUACAUUGAGGCAGUCGUGAAAGAAUCCAUGCGCAUGCACCCCAUCGUGCCGCUCCUCAUCCCGCGCAUGGCCCAAGAGGACGCCACCAUUGAUGGCUACAACAUCCCCAAGGGUGCGCGUGUGCUCAUCAAUGUGUGGGCCAUCGGCCGGGACCCGGAGCUGUGGGACGCACCGGAGGAGUUCAUGCCGGAGAGGUUCCUGGGGAGCAAGAUGGGUGUGAUAGGGCAGGAUCUCGAGCUGCUGUCGUUUGGGUCCGGUAGACGGAUGUGCCCCGGCUACAACCUCGGGCUGAAGGUGGUGCACUUGAGCUUGGCGAACCUGCUGCACGGGUUCACCUGGAGGCUGCCGGAGGGGGUGAGGAAAGAGGAUCUGAGCAUGGAGGAGGUGUUUGGGCUGUCCACCGGCCGCAAAUACCCGCUGCACGGGUUCAACUGA